UGACGGCGGGAUGGGGAAGGAGCAGGAGCUACUGGAGGCCGCCCGCAUCGGGAACCGGGCGGCGGUGGAAAGACUGUUAGGAGGAAAGCGUUUGAGUGGCGCCGGACCAGGUGGAAGUGCUAGUGGAGGUGUUGGAGGAACCGGUGGACCUACUGCCAGCCACCCACUGAGCAAUCUGCUAAGCAUCUGGAGAGGUCCCAAUGUGAAUUGUAUAGACAACUCAGGAUAUACUCCUUUGCACCAUGCUUCUCUCAAUGGACACAAGGAUGUUGUUGAGGCUCUUUUGAGGAAUGAGGCAGUAACAAAUAUUGCAGACAGUAAGGGUUGCUUCCCUCUGCAUCUUGCGGCUUGGAAAGGAGAUGCUCAGAUUGUUCGGCUUCUUAUCCACCAUGGGCCAUCACAUGCAAAGGUUAAUGAGCAGAAUUUUCAAGAGAUGAAAAAAUACGGCCCCUUCCAUCCUUAUGUGAAUGCUAAGAAUAAUGAUAACGAGACUGCCCUGCAUUGUGCUGCACAGUAUGGCCACACGGAAGUUGUACGUGUUCUCCUGGAAGAGUUGACAGAUCCUACAAUGCGCAACCACAAGAUGGAGACACCACUGGAUUUGGCCGCACUCUAUGGGCGCUUGGAAGUUGUUAAACUGCUCCUUAACGCUCACCCAAAUCUUCUGAGCUGCCACACUCGCAAGCAUACGCCACUGCAUCUAGCAGCACGCAACGGCCAUAGAGCUGUUGUCAGGGUGUUGUUGGAUUCUGGCAUGGAUAUCAACUACCAGACAGAGAAAGGCAGUGCGUUGCACGAAGCAGCUUUAUAUGGAAAAACAGAUGUGGUACAGAUACUGCUGGAUGCAGGAAUAGAUGUAAGCAUCGCAGAUAACAAAGGAAUGACUGCGCUGGAUAUUGUACAGGAGGUGCCUUCACAGAAGAGCCAACAGAUAAUUGCCCUUAUUCAGGAGCACAGCACAGGCAAAUCAGCCAAAGACACAGAGCAGGAUCCCUUAUCGUUACCUAAUGCAACCAUCAGCACUGAUACGCAUGGAGGGACUAUACAAAGGACACUACUUGAUUUGCAUUUAGAUCUGAAUAUAAUUUCACAGUCUGAAUCUCCAUAUGAAGCACUUUGCAAUGCGUCCUCUUGCCACUCUCUAGACAGCAUAUGUAGUGGACGCUCCUCUGAUAGAGACUCUCUUACCCAUGACACCACAAGGACCCGGAGGAAGGAGCGCCCUCCUCCACCUGCAAAGCCCCCACCUGAAGAUGAUGAUGAAUUUGAAAGGAGGCGGUGUGUAAGCACUGUCCGUGAGGAGGAGAACCCCUAUGAGCUAUUAGUCACUGCGGAGACCAAGAAACCUAGUUCCAGAGGGCAACCUCACCCACAAAGUGAUGCCGGAAACUCUCAGCCUCAGGUCAGACCACGCCGUGCUGCACUCCCAAAUGAAACACCACGCCCACCAACUCGCCAUGGUUCCUCUGAUUUGUCCAGUGGCCACUCGGAAGGAGAAUCUCAUGGCUCUGAAAGACCAAAUAGUGGACAGCGUAGAAGCAGCUCUGGAGGUUGGAGCUUGGCUUCAGCAGAUAGCACAGACUCCCACAUGCUUGAGCACUUCUCUGGGCUCUUACACGGUUCCUCUCCAGUGUGCGAAGUCAGAGAUCCCCCCUGUGAUUCUUCGGGAAUGAACGCUAGUAGAAACAGUGCAGAAGCACGCAUGGAGCUUCCCCUACGUCGUAGUCUAUCUAAAUCUGAUUCCGACUUGCUGACAUGCUCUCCUCCAGCUGGUGAGGGUGAAGAUUUGAAUCGCAGUGAAUCUCUCACCAACUGUGUGGCUGGGGGGAGCAAAAAGAGGUUGGAGAAAUCUCCUUCCUUCACCUCCGAGUGGGAUGAGCGUCUGUUGCUGGUCCCUGCAUUAUUCCCAAAACACAACAUUGAUAAAAUAAUGAGCUCCAUUGGCCAGGGCAUUGAGUUCUCCCAGGAGCAGCAGGUCAUGGCAGGGUGCCCUAUUCCAGAGCAGAGCAUAGCACAGUGGUUAGAGUCUCUUGGACUCAUUCAGUAUGAGAGCAAGCUGGUGCUGAAUGGCUUUGAUGAUGUUCGUUUUCUGGCAGAUAACAUGUUGGAGGAUCAGGAUCUGAUUGACAUUGGUAUUACAGAUCCGCUGCAUCGGAACAGACUUCUUCAGGCAUCGCAUUCCCUACCAAAGCCACUUCCUCUCCCAAGUGAUCUCUCUGUGUCAACCUGGCUUCGUGCACUCUCCCUCCAACAAUAUGCUCCUAGCUUUCUUAGCAGUGGGUACACGUCUAUGGAGACUCUGCGAAAUUUGUGGGAACUUGAAAUUGUAAAUGUAUUAAAAGUAAAUUUACUGGGUCACAGGAAGAGGAUUCUGGCAUCCUUAGCAGACAGGCAAUAUGAAGACCCACCUCAGAAACCACCACGUUUUUCGCAGCUCAGGUGUCAAGAUGCAUUGUACAAUACUACGCCCUCUUCCCUUACAUCAACUGAACAGCAUCCUAGUUUGACACUUCAAUCCAGCUUGUUACAGGCUCCAGAGAGCAAAGGAGAGCAUCAGAGAAUUCAGGAGCUCGUUGUGGAGGAGGAAUCCAAAUUAACUUUGAGGCCUCCCAGUGUGGCCACUUCCUAUGCACCUUUGCAGAAUUGGCAUCACCAACCUGAGAAGUUAAUCUUCGAAUCGUGUGGCUAUGAGUCAAGUUAUUUGGGGUCAAUGCAAAUUAACGAUCUUCGAGGAACAGAAUCCACCCAGGAUGCUUGUGCUAAGAUGAGGAAAUCUACAGAGCAUAUGAAGAAGAUUCCACGGAUCACUCUUUCCAUCAGUUACAAGGGAGUAAAAUUCAUUGAUGCGUCGAAUCAGAAUGUCAUUGCAGAACAUGAGAUUCGCAAUAUCUCAUGUGCAGCACAAGAUCCUGAGGAUCUUUGUACAUUUGCAUACAUCACCAAGGAUCUCCAGACGAGCCACCACUACUGCCAUGUGUUCAGCACUGCUGAUGUGAAUCAGGCCUAUGAGAUUAUUCUAACACUUGGCCAAGCUUUUGAAGUUGCUUAUCAGCUAGCCAUACAGGCACAUAAAUCCAGACUACCUGAAGCUGUUGUCUCCCGUCCAUCCAAGCCUGUUCCCAAGCCACGUGGCAGCAUUCGACGCCAGACAACUGAAUCAUCGGAAAGGGAAAAGCCGAUGCCUGCUCAUGGAGGAGUGUCGUGGACCAUGGAACCAAGUAGUAGUCGAAAAGAUACUUGAUCAAGAAUUAAGGAUCUUGUGCUGCAGUCAACAGACCCCUCACCGUUCUCAAACCUUCCCAUCAUGUCCCAAAACUCAGGAGAACAAAGGUCUCUGGCAACUAACAUUGGGCCACGGCAAACAAAGGGAACAGAAUCUCAACCCCCCACACCAAUUGACUGAUUUAUGGGGGGAUGAACUGUAUUUUGAUUUUUGCCUCCCUCUCAUAUUUUGUUGGAAGCUGUUUUUAUAAUUUAGAGAUGUGCGGCAGAAUGGAAGAUCUGUAGUUCAUUCCUUUUCCUAUGAUGCUUUCGUUCUUGAGAUCUGCAUUUGAGCGGUUUACUCACUAUUCAAUAUUUUUCUGAACUGCAAAUGCUCUUCCCCUUACAUUUAAUGUAGCACUUUUUAGGAUGGUGGUAGCAGUUUGGGACAAUACAAAUAUAUGUGGUAUUACCGCAACACAUUUGUAUUUGUUUAUCGCAAAGUGUUACAGAGUUCCACUGAUCAUGUACAGUGUAAGCCUGUAUUUUCUAUUGUUUUUAUGUGAUGUGGGCAUGUCCAAAUGGUGCUCUGCAAGCCAGAUGGGGCUCAGAACCUUUUAUACAAAUUGCAGUUAUGGCUUCACCUUAUGUAUCUUUGAUAUAUUGGGGGGCGAAUACCAACAACUCGCAUGUGAAUCUGAAAUGCAAACUGUCUGCCUAGUUCAAAGCUUUAACACUGUGAUAAGAAAACAAGAAGUAGGAAUUCAAUUGGUAACGUUAAAAAUCUGCAAGAGCCCUUAACCUGAAAAGAUUAUGUACUUAUUUGCUUGGUCUGAGGUUCGACCUUUUAUUUCAUUUGAGUAAAAACAAUUUUUAAAAAUGCUAUAAAAAAAUCCAAACAAAGAAAAUGUUAGCAUUCCGUGUAGUCCCUGAGGCAUUGUAGAUCUUACUGACCAUAUAGUCAUUUACUUUACUCAGGCUAACAUUGCCAAACAUUUUUAGGAAGCUGCUUUUGAAUGCCUUUCUUACAUCUCAUAUGUCAAGCAUUGUGUUUAAUUUAUAAUAGAUGAGAACAGUAUCACGUCACUGGACACUAUGAACCGUACGUUGUGAUAUGCCUAGUGUCCAUAUAAAUGCAAAUUCACCCUCCGUUAAUGUUCUCAUAAACCCGUUUAUCUGGGGAGGAAUGCUAAUGCCUACUUCAGCUGCA